GCAUUGAUCAGCUUUGGCACCUCGUUCGCUCGCCCCUAAUUCUACAUUUUUAGGCUGUGCAUCCCUUAAACUAUUUUUCAAGCAUCAAGAAAUUUCUUGGCAUCCUUCCAAAAACAACAUUCUUUUAUUGACAAGUGUUUCAGCUGCCAACAUGGUUCCUAUCAACUUGCUCUACACGCUCCUUCCUAACAACGCUUCUGCCACCGCCAACCCUUUUUUCAGGAUGUCCCCCACCGAUAAGGAUCGCUUGAACGAUCUAUGCGCAUGGAGAUUGACAGAUUAUGAUGAGUUUGGACAAAGAGCGCUCAACGCCAACGAUGGAUGGGCUUCUGGCACUCGCCACAAAAAGAAUUACCCCAUGGCAACAGCUCUUAUACAUCUUAUGGAAAUUUCUAGAAAAACAUUGCGGCAUUUGUGGGAGUUUUCUUCGUCGUGGUCGGAUUACAUCCGGGUAUACCGUGUAUGCACAAUUACCGAAGGCGUAGACGGUGCAAGACAUCAAAUGACCUUGAAUGAGGAUUGCCUGAUGGCCAUCUUCCCAGGAGCAGGAAUGUGA